AUGUAUCUGCGCGCCGUCCACGCCGAUGCCACCCUCCCAAUGCUGCGGCAGCUCAUCAGGGACAACCCCCUCGGCAUCCUCACCACCGCCAUCCGCUCCGAUUCAUACCCCCUGAUACAGUCCAGCCAUAUCCCCUUCAUCCUGGACGUGACGGACGAGGCCGACGAGUCCGAGCUCGGCAUCCUCCGCGGCCACCUCGCGCGUCAGAACCCGCAGAGCAAGGCCAUGAUGGACGCCAUCGUCGCCCAGCAGCAAUCGCCCACUGCCCCAAACGUUCUAGACGACGAGGUCAUGGUGCUCUUCACCGCGGCGGCGCACCACUACGUCACGCCCAAGUUCUAUGCGGAGACGAAACCCAGCACGGGCAAGGUGGUGCCCACCUGGAAUUACGCCGCCGCACAGGCGUACGGCAGAGCCAAGAUUUUCUUCGACCCAAAGGCAGACGAGACGGACGCGUUUCUCUCCCGGCAGAUAGACGACCUGUCGAGGCACGCCGAGACCUCCGUCAUGGGGCAUACGGGCGUCGGGGACAGGCCCGGGUCCUGGAGCGUGUCCGACGCGCCGGAGCCCUACAUCAAGCUGCUGCAGAAGAACAUCAUCGGCAUCGAGAUCACCAUGGAGCGGCUCGAGGGCAAGUUCAAGAUGAGCCAGGAGAUGCCACGGGGAGACCGCGAGGGCGUCAUACGCGGGUUCCAGAGUCUCGGGUCUGAGGUUGGUUCGGAGAUGGCCGAGCUGGUCCGGGAGCGGGCCCGAUAUAAGGACGCGUGGAAAGGCUAG